AUAGUGUUCCGCAGGCUUUUAUCGCAGCUCUUGACGACAAGAGUCAUCAGGAUUAUAUUCGAAAAUUUAUCAGCGAUUUUCAAGUAUGGGCACUGUGUGUAUCCAGCGCAGUUCAACAAAAGUAUGAGUAGCAAAGGAAAUGUGUUGCGCAAAAGUACAUCACAAGAGUCUAAAAUUCGCGAUGAGCGUAAAAAAGUCGGGAAGAAAGAGGAAGAAAAAAAACUAGCUGUCAAGAAAGACAGCACAGUGAUGAAAGAAACUAAAUCUAGCAGCCGCAGAGCUGUAAGUAAUCAAAUUGUCAGUACAUCAAAAAAUUUAAGUGGCUCCAGGACUCAGACAGUUGCCAGUGGAGCUAGAAGUAAAUUGACAAAACAAACUAGCGAAGAAAAGAGAGGCGUAAGUACAAUUUUCAUGCCUAGUAAAAAAAGUUAUACUUCCAAACCUAGUGAGCAUCCAAAAACUAGUAAUAAGAAAGAUGUCAAACCCAAAAGCAAAGAGCGAAUGCCUUCAAGAGAGCGGAAGAAAUCCCGGACUCUUAGUCCGAGUGAAGUUAAGAUGCUCAAUAGAAAUUUAAACGUAGACGUAGCUCAGGAGCCGGAGUACGAGUAUGAAGAUGACUUUGAAGAUUACGAGUCUGAUUUCCAAGAGUGCACCGACUCAGAAGCUUCUCAGGUGAGUGAUGAAUCCGAAAGUGCCAGCAUAGACCCUGAAGAUCCCGUGGAGCUCCAGGCAGUUUGCAAGCCCGCUAAAAUCCUCCCCAAUAUAAUUCCACCUCGGAAGUACGUCGAGGAAGAACACAUGUUAGAUUCAGGGCACUACGAACUCCAAGAAGCUCGCAGAAGAGCAGCUAGAAUUGACCUAAUAUCCGCCAGCCGUUCUAGAAAUCCUCCUCAAGCGAUCCAGCGGCCGAUUGUCUUCAGCGAGGACACCAAGCCCUCGGAAAUAAAAUCCUUGCCAUCUUCUGCAGACGAGGGCUUCGAGGACGGGCGCUCUGGAGACUUUGGUAAGUCUCCGGUAAUUCCACAAGCUCUUACUUGUGACCCUGGAAGCGUUAAAAAAAAGAAUACCAAACUAGCUAGAGGCAAGCAAAUCUUGCAGAUGAUCAAGCUGGAUAUCGUAGAGUGGUCGCUGUUCGAGUGCAAGCCAGUCGCUUAUGAAGAGUUCAUCAGAAUUCAUGGUAAAAUCAACACGAGACAGACUUACUCGCAGACCAAUGAAGACAAUCUUAGCGUCGAGGUCCAGACUGAGGAGAUAGAGUCUAGAAAUAUGUGGACCCAAUUCCCCGUUGUUUGUAGGAGUUGUCUGAAAAGUGGGGAAGAUAUUAGAAUGUUCACCAAAGAAUUGAUUGGAGUUGGUGGAGAAGACACUGAAUCAGUUGAGCGAGUUCAUUUUCAACAUGAUAUCCUGCAGCUGAAUGAAUUUCUGAGCAAUGCUGGAAAGCUGAUGCUCGCUUUGCUGGAGGGAAAAGCUUCCAAUGUUGAAGGAAGUCUUGAUACCAAUGAAGUGCCCAUGCCCUUCAGCGAGCAGGCUAUCAAGCUAUCUGUAGCAAAUGUUAGCUUCUUGUCCAACAGACCUGUGACGAUGAUCAGGUACUCGGAGAUCUCCAGCAGGAUUUUGGUGACUGUUCACGAGCCAGCUGAUGAAGAUAUUGAAACAGCGGCUAGCGAGUUUGUCACCGACUGCUGCAUAGGCUGCCGCUGGAAUGUUGGCGAGCCUUCUAGGCCUACCAAAAUUUUUUACUCUUCUAGCAACAUCUCAGCAUGCUGCUUCCACCCGACGAAUUAUAAUAUUGUCUUCGCUGGUCUAGAAGACGGCUCGAUCAGUCUCUGGGACUUGGCAGAGGACGAGGAUUAUCACAGAAGAGUUUUGGAUGUUGAUAAAAAAAUUAACUGGGUCGUUCGUGGUCCUACGUUUAAUUCCGGAGGGAAUUUUGAAGAUACUUCUUCGAAGAUUGUCGCUCUGACGGUGAUCUCCAAGGUUGAGGAGAAGAUUGAUGGUAAAAGUGAAUUCAUGCCGAUUCAAAUUUGCAGUUUGGAUGAAGAUGGGAGCUGUGUUGUCUGGAGUGUGCUGAAGAACUUUGAAGGAAGUGUUGUUAGUCACUUGGGACAGUCUUGGUGGGGAAAACUCAAGCUUGUUAAGAGUCACGAGGUACCGAUCCAUUUAGAUAAACAUUUCAAAUUGAAUAACUUCCGGGGAUUCACUGAUGUCAAGAUUGAUAGCUUGGAUUCUGAUAGGCUCUAUGUUGCUUCCAAUGUCAACAGAGUGUUGCAUGCCACACGCAUUGGCAAGAAGCCCAAGCCGCUUGGGUAUAAUGCUACUGAUUGCACUGGAGGUAUGACCUGCAUUGAAACUUGUCCGUUUUAUCAGCCAUUCUUCCUAGCUGGGUGUCAAGACGGGACUGUUUGUCUCUACUACUCGAUGAUUGAAAGACCGCUUCUGCAAUUGAGGAAUUUAAACAGCACUGCCGCUAUUAAAAUUAUUCAAUGGUCUCGCUCGAAACCAAUGACUAUUUAUAUCCUUGAUAAUGACUCAUGGAUUCAUAUUUGGGAUUUGAGUAAAAGUGAUAUUUUUCCAACCCAUAGUAUAUCUCCAGGAAAAUAUUCUCAUGUUGAUAGCAUGCAGUUGUCACCUUGUAAAAGUAAUAACGAUUUAAUUAAUCAAUACAUGGCGCUUGGAUUAAAUAACGGUAAUGUAGAAAUCCAUAAGUUCAAUAAACAAUUUAAAUAUUCCAUCAAAGAAGAAAUUUCAACGGAAUUAAAAAUUCUUAUAAAUUACUUAUCUGUUUGUUGA